AUGCUCUCCAUCAACCUCCUCCUUGUCGCUUGGGCUAUCGCAGCCACUUUCGUUGUUUGGUGGCAGCCGCGCUCCUAUCGUCGGGCAGAGCGCGCCAAGCUCGCCUGUUACUUGCUAAACCUCAAGCUGCGCAUGAACGAGAGACAGACCCGCCAAGGCUUCUACACGGGCAGGACCCACCAACUCGUGCCGGUGUCAGAGGGCGCCGAUCUACUUAAGGAGGGGAUUGUGGGGGUCUAUCUCUCGGAUGGGGAAGUCGCGACGUUCUUGCGGAAUCCUAGGCUUCAAGAGUUCCUUCUGCGGAUGUACAACUCGGACAGCAUGCGUCUGGACGAGAUGAUUCGUGACUAUCAUCUGCGCGAGCUUGAGGACUCUGGCAAUGACGACGGGGGGGUUGCGAGCGGGCGGUUCUGA